AAGAGGUGGCAAUGGCACGGCCGGUUAAGAGGCAAGCAGUACAAGGAGCACAAGAUGAGAUUAAGGAGGAACACCUUUUGGCUUUCAUUGUGAAGGACAAAUAUGAGAAGGAUUGCAAAGGAGAACUCGAGAAAUAUUGUCAAGACUUGAAGGAAGUAGAUGGUCAAUUCAAAGUGAAUGAUAAAGUUAAAGAACUUUGUGGUGGUGGUGAUAAAACAAAACAAGAGAAAAAAUGCCAAGAACUGAAAGACAAAGUUAAAAAAGAAUUGGGAACUUUUAAUGAUGAACUUGAUGCAUCGGUAGAUGACGUAAAAGAUGAAGAAUGUAAAAAUUAUGAAGAAAAAUGUAUACUUUUAGAAGAGACGGAUCAUGAAGAUAUUAAGAAGAACUGUGUCAAGUUGAGGGAAGGAUGUUACGAAUUGAAGCGUAAAAAGGUGGCAGAGGAGCUUCUUUUGAGGGCGCUCGGAGGGGAUGUUAAAAAUGGUAAAUGUAAAGGAAAGAUGGAAACUGUUUGCCCAGUAUUAAGCCGAGAAAGCGACGAAUUGAUGUUUUUCUGCCUUGAUUCGGAUGGAACGUGUCAAGAGCUGAAAAAAAAAUCAGAAGAAGUUUGCAAGUCUUUACAAACAAAAUUGGAUGAGAAAGAAUUAAAGGAAAAGUGUCAUGAAAGACUUGAGAAAUGUCAUUUUUACGGAGAAGCAUGUACUGGUACAAAGUGCGAGGAGGAUAAGACGAAAUGCGAGGGAAAAGGAUUCACAUAUAAAGCGCCGGAAUCUGAUUCUAGUCCGGUCAAGCCGAAGCCGUCGUUGUUGAGAAGUAUUGGGUUUGAUGAUGUGUAUAAAAAUGCGGAAAAACAUGGGAUUAUUAUUGGAAAAACAGGAGUGGAUCUACCAAGGAAGUCAGGUACAAAAUUUCUGCAAGAUCUCUUGCUAGUGUUGAGCAGAGAUGAGAAGCAGACGGAUGCAACAAAUAAAUGCAAAAAAGCGUUAGGAAAAUGUGAUGCUUCUAAGUAUUUGGACCAUAAUUUGAAAGAUUUAUGCGAUAAAAAUGAUAACGACAAAUGCAAAGGAUUACUAGAUGUAAAUGUAAAAGAAAGAUGUACAAAUCUCAAAUUAAAACUUUAUCUCAAAGGGUUGUCUACAAAAUAUAAUAAUGAAGAAUCAGAUCCUUUAUUGUGGGGACAGCUUCCAACCUUUUUUAUAAAAGGAGAGUGUGCAGAACUUGAGUCGGAAUGUUUCUAUUUAGAAAAGGCGUGUACGAAUAAGAUUGAUGAAGCAUGUCAAAAUGCAAGAGCAGCGUGCUAUAAAAAGGGACAAGACAGGAUGUUGAAUAAGUUCUUUCAAAAGGAAUUGAAGGGAAAGCUUGGUCAUGUAAGAUUUUAUAGCGAUCCUAAAGAUUGUAAAAAAUAUGUGGUAGAAAACUGUACAAAACUUAAAGAUAAAAGAUACCUUUCAAAAUGUCUUUAUCCUAAAGAACUAUGUUAUGCGGUUUCAAAUGAUAUUUUUCUUCAAUCCAAAGAGUUAAGUUUGCUUUUAGAUGAUCAAAGGGAUUUUCCAUUAGAAAAGGAUUGUCUUGAAUUGGUGGAGAAGUGUGAUGAACUUGGUAGUGAUUCAUUAUUGAAUUUAGAAAAGUGUAUAACAUUGAAAAGACGCUGUGAAUACUUUAAGGUUACAGAAAGAUUUAGAAAUGUAUUUUUAGAAAAAAAGGAUGAUUCGUUAAUGACUCAGGAAAACUGUACAAAGGUAUUGCAUGAGAAAUGUAAUACUUUAUAUAAGAGGAGAAAGAAUUCAUUUAGUGUUUCAUGUGCUUUACCAGAAGAAACAUGUAGUUAUAUGGUAUUCCAUACAAGUCAAGAUUGUAAAUAUUUAAAAGAAAACAUCAAGAAUGGAGGAAUUGUAGGAAAAAUUGGAGGAGCAAAUGGAAAUGAAACAGCACUUGAAGAACUCUGCACAACAUGGGGCCGACAUUGUCACCAACUUGUGAAGAAUUGUCCGGAUAAGUUGAAAAAAGAAGGUGAUAAAGAUCAUAACUGCGAAGCACUCGAUGAAAAAUGCAAGGAAACCUUUCAAAAGUUGAAAGCGAAGGAUGAGCUGACUCAUCUGUUGAAAGGAAGUUUAAAGAGUGAAGAUGAAUGUAAAGAAGCAUUAGGAAAGAAUUGCACUGAGUUGGAAAAGAAUCAAACAUUCAAAAUUCUGCUUACUAAUUGUGAUGAUCCUACCAAGGGAAAUGUUUGCAAAAAAUUAGUUGGUAAAGUAAAAGAGAGAUGUCUUACUUUAAAAGACGAACUGAAGAAAGCGAAAGAUGAGUUGACAGAGAAGAAAGAUGAAUACGAUGAGCUCAAACAGGUGGCAGAAAAAUCUACAGAGGCAGCUAAGUUAUUGCUAUCAAAGUCUGGAAAAGCCGCAAUGCCAAGUGGACAGGAUAGCAAUGCUUCUGGACCAGUACCAGCACCAGCAGGAUCAGGGUCGCCAUCAUCACCAGCAGUGCCACCACCACCAGGGCCACCACCACCACCACCAUCACAAAAUGGAACGCCAGGUGCACCAGGCACACCAGGCACACCAGAUGGAACGACGAAUAAUGCAAAACUUGGACUCGUUAAAAGAGCAUAUGUAGAUGGAGGAGUAUCAGAAGCAGAGGUCAAAGCAUUUGAUGCAACGACGAUAGCAUUGGAAUUGUAUUUGGAAUUGAAAGAGGAAUGCAGCGCUUUACAACUAGAUUGCGGUUUUAAAGAGGAUUGUAAGGAAACUGAACCAGCUUGUAAAGAAAUAGACACGUUAUGCGGAGGAAUAAAACCAUUAGAAAUUAAGCCUCAUCAUACAGAGACGCAAAAAGAAAUCUCAACCACUACCACGACCACUACAACGACCACUACCACGACUACUACCACGACUACGACGACAACUACUACUACAACCAAGCCGGGAAGUGGAGGAAAAGUAACAGAAGAGUGUACAAUGAUACAAACAACAGAUACAUGGGUGACGAGUACGUCAUUGCAUACGAGUACGAUAACGAGUACGUCAACGGUGACGUCGACAGUGACGUUGACCUCAAUGCGCAAGUGCAAACCUACCAAAUGUACUACUGAUUCAAACAAAGAGACAGAAGAAGGAGGAAAAGAAGGAGAAGAAGAUGUAAAACCGAAUGAUGGGAUGAAAAUAAGAGUUCCUGAUAUGAUUAAAAUAAUGUUGUUGGGAGUGAUUGUUAUGGGGAUGAUGUAAAUGAAUGAAAAAAAUGUUAAUAGAAUGAAAAUGUGCA